AUGAGAAGAUUUGGAUUGUUAGUAAUAGUCUCAUUCUACUCUGCUGUUGGUAAUAUACCAAAUGAAGUUGCUAUUGGUGCUAUUUUUCCGUCUGAUUUUUAUAUAUUAGAAGAAACAUUUCGGUUAGCUAUAAACAAUAUAAAUUCAGAUUCGAGUUUAUUACCCAAUACGAAACUCAUUCCGAUUACAGAGAAUGCUUCUACCCAAUUAGAAGUUAUUAGAGCGGCGUGUAAUUUAGUGGAUCAGCGAGUGAUAUCGAUAGUCGGACCGCUAACGUCUUUAAAUUCUAAAAGUGCCCAAAUUGUGUGUGGCCAAUUGGAAAUACCGCAGAUUAGUAUCUUGGCCACAGACCCGAUGUUAUCUUUAAUACCGAUUUUGAACCAAUCGUCGUACCAACGAUAA